AAUCAGAAAUAUUAAUUAGUUCAGAAGAUGCAAGAUUUGAUGAGAAAUAUUUAGAUUGGUAGCACUGUUGUUACUAGAUUGACAGAAAAAAUUUUCGUAAAAUCAUGUAAAUCAAUUAAAUAACAUAAAAACAAUGUGGUUUUUAACGUACAUCGGUUAUUUGGCAAUAAUUGUACAAUUAGUUUUCAUAACAAUUGCUAUAGCUGCAGGUCUGUAUUAUUUAGCCGAACUAGUCGAAGAGUAUUCCACAAUUGCGAAAAAAUGCAUUUGGUGGACAAAUACAAUUGUAACAGCCCUUUACGUCUGUUUGUGGCUAUUUGAGAGUUUCCCCACUUAUAUGAUUGUAUGUGGGGUUUUAGCCCAAGUGGCUCAUUUCUGCAUUUUGAGACACUUCCCCUCAGUCUCUCUAACCUCAUUGGAGUUUAUUUCCGCCGUGAUUUUGCUAGUUUUGAACCAUUAUUUCGCAUUUACGUAUUUUGCGACCGUACAUUACGUAUUUUCAGAGGUCAUGGCGUAUUUUGUUUUAUGGUUAUGGCUCGUCCCCUUUGCCCUAUUUGUAUCCUUAUCAGCAAAUGACAGUGUUUUACCCACAAUAAGUGAACAAAAAGAUAGUGACGUCGUUUCAAAUUAUUUCUCCAAAAAACGAAAAUACGGUUUGCUCACUUUUUUCAAUUAUGCAAAGGAAUCGUUACUUCCAAUGAGGACGAAAAAGAUAUUCUAGUGACUGAUUACGUUUGUUUUAAUUAAAUUAUUUGUUGUA